AUGUAUCAUUCUGUGUCUGAAACCAGUCACCCUUUGCAAACAGAGGAGCAAGAAAUAGGCAUCGAUCCCUUGCAGAGUUAUUUGAACAAGCCAGGGGAAGGAUCAAAUGAAAAUGGAAGCACACACCACAUCUCAGAUUCCGAUGGAACAUUUAAUUUUUACAGUAAAGAAUGGGAAGAACUAUUUGUAAACAACAAUUACUUGGCAACUAUACGGCUGAAGGGGAUUAAUGGGCAGCUGAGAAGCAGCAGGUUCCGUAGUGUUUGCUGGAAGUUAUUUCUAGAAGUUCUACCCCAAGACAGAAGUCAAUGGAUUAAAACCACUUCAGACUUAAGAACUUCUUACAAUAAGAUCAAAGAAAUUCACAUUACAAACCCUCGGAAAGCAGGACAGCAAGAUCUGAUAAUCAACAACCCACUGUCUCAGGACGAGGGGAGUCUUUGGAAUAAAUUUUUCCAGGAUAAAGAGCUUCGAACAAUGAUUGAGCAGGAUGUGACAAGAACCUUUCCUGAAAUGCAAUAUUUCCAGCAAGAGAAUGUGAGGAAAAUUCUUACAGAUGUUCUGUUCUGCUAUGCCAGAGAAAAUGAGCAGUUGCUUUAUAAACAGGGUAUGCAUGAACUUUUAGCUCCCAUUGUCUUUAUCCUGCAUUGUGACCACCAAGCUUUUUCACAUGCCAGUGAAGCUGCACAACCAAGCGAGGAAAUGAAAGUUCUUUUGAAUCCUGAAUAUCUGGAACAUGAUGCCUAUGCAAUGUUCACACGUCUUAUGAAAACUGCAGAACAUUGGUUUUCAACUUUUGAACAUGACAGUCAGAAGGAGAAGGAUGUGAUGAUUACACCUAUGCCGUUUGCAAGGCCACAGGACUUAGGCCCAUCUAUUGCUAUUGUAGCAAAGGUAAACCAAAUUCAGGAUCAUCUGCUGAAGAAACAUGAUAUUGAGCUGUACAUGCAUCUGAACCGACUGGAAAUUGCUCCACAGAUUUAUGGCCUGCGAUGGGUAAGGCUUCUGUUUGGCCGUGAAUUCCCACUCCAGGACCUUCUGGUUGUCUGGGAUGCCCUGUUUGCUGACAGUAUCACCCUGAAUUUAGUUGACUACAUUUUUGUAGCCAUGUUGUUAUAUAUUAGAGAUGCCUUGAUUUCAAGUAAUUAUCAGACCUGUUUGGGACUUCUGAUGCAUUAUCCACCUAUUGGAGAUGUUCACUCCCUUAUCCUAAGAGCACUUUUUCUCCGAGAUCCAAAGAGAAAUCCAAGACCAGUGACUCACCAAUUCCAACAAAAUUUAGAUUAUUACAAAGCACGUGGAGCAGACUUGAUGAACAAAACCCGCGCCAGCGCUAAGGCUGCCCCGCUCAACAUUAACAAAGUCUCCAACAGCUUACUCAACUUUGGCCGAAAGCUCAUCGCUCCGGCGAUGGCUUCAGGUGGGGCUGUGGGCGCUUCUGCUGGCAGCAGCAGCUGUCUUCCCCCUGCGAUGCCCAUCAGAAGCGCCAUGGAAGCCCCCCAGCACCACCACCAGCACCACCAGCACCAGGCACAGCAGCAGAGGAUGAUGAAGUCCGAAAGCAUGCCAGUUCAGCUGGGCAAAGGCCAAAGUUCAAAAAACAUCAGUUCAUCUCCAAGCAUAGAGAGUUUGUCUGGAGGACGUGAAUUUACAGGAUCUCCACCUUUGUCUGCAUCAAAAAAAGAUUCCUUUUUCAGUACAAUCUCCCGCUCCCGUUCCCAAAGCAAAACUAUGAGCAGAAAGGAAUCGGAGGAGGAAUUGGAGGCCCAGAUUUCAUUCCUACAAGGACAACUAAAUGACUUGGAAGCCAUGUGCAAAUAUUGCGCAAAGAUGAUGAACACACAUCUUGGAAAUAUUCAGGAAGUCAUAUUACAAGAACACUUGGAAAAAGAAGACGAAAUUCUGGUUUCCUUGGCUGGUUUGAAGCAGAUCAAGGACAUCCUGAAAGGUUCCCUGCGUUUCAACCAGAGCCAGCUGGAAGCUGAAGAAAAUGAGCAAAUCACGAUAGCCGAUGAUCAUUACUGUUCCAACAGUCAGAACAAGGGGACAGCAGCAUCUCAAACAGACCAGAUGAAAACUACGACUGAUUCGAGCACGAGUGAGAGCAAGAGUGCUGAUGACUAUAUUAUGGUUUCCAAAGAAGACGAAGGAAGCAGAAGUGCUGUCCCAGAAACAGCACAGUCCCAUCAGGCACACAAGGAGACAGCUGUGAAGCCAGAAGCUCCAUCUCGUUCUUUGAUAUUCUCUGACCCACUGAUGGGCUCCAUUUCAGCCUCCUCCAGCAACCUGAGCUCCAGCCCUGAUGAUGACAGUAGUAAUAACAGCAAAGAUUCUGACUUUGCUAUUGUCAGCCCACUGGACAUCUAA